AUCAUCCAAUUAUAAGAUGAAGAUUAUUCACAUACUUUUCUAUUUCAUUUUUUUCUCAUUCACCAUUUCUCAUGCUUCUAUCAAUGAUUUUUGUGUUGCGAAUUUAAAGGCUUCAUACACUCUUUCAGGCUAUCCAUGCAAAGCCCUAGCAAACAUCACAUCGGACGAUUUCGUCUUUCACGGCUUCGUAGCUGCAAACACCAGCAACUCUUUUAAACUUGGAAUCACCACCGCAAGUGUUGCCAAUUUUCCAGCCCUUAACGGACUUGGGAUCUCCGCGAUGCGUGUAAACAUAGAUGAAGGUGGAUUUGCUCCAAUGCAUACUCAUCCGGGUUCUACCGAAUUAAUAAUAGUAGUUCAAGGUGAAAUUACUGUUGAAUUUGUGACACCGACUUCAUUUUAUUCCAAAGCAUUGAAAUCAGGUGAUCUUUUCGUUAUUCCACAAGGGAUGUUGCAUUUUGUAGUUAACUCCGGCAAGGGAACAGCUGCUGGUUUUGCUGCUUAUAGUAAUGAAAAUCCUACUGUUCAACAACUUGAUCUUCUUUUGUUUGCCAAUAAGUUACCUUCUAAUUUAAUUGCACAAACUACUUUGCUUGAUCUUGAUCAAGUGAAGAAGUUAAAGGCUCAUUUUGGUGGAAGUGGAUAG